AUGGCCGAGCUUUACUGGAUGGAGUCUGGCAGCUCCCAUUUAGGCAUCCCUGGACAGCUGAGGAUGCCAGCUGCAUUGACCCAUGUGCACACGCCACAGAAGAUUUCUUAUGCCCAGGCUUUUCGAUUCGAGCAAGAGGAGCCUUGCCUCGUGACUCCACCGAAAGGCACUGUUUCUCAUGGUUUUCGCCAGCCAGAUCAAUGGCGACAGCAUCAGGCUCCAUUGAAGGAUGAGACGAGGCAGUGCGCAGCUCCAAUGGGAAGGCAGAGCAAAGCGGCCACAUGCGAUCAAGUGGAGGAGACUCUGCGGGACGUUCGAGUUCUGUCAUCGGGUGGUGAUACGACUGGUUGGGCCUGGCAGGAGCUGCCAGAGCAAGUGCGGAACGCUUUGCGUUUCCUGCGAACGCUGCCAGCCCUGCCGCACAGCGUUGGAACCAGGCCUUUUCUCCCUGCCACUUGGCCUCUGGAAGCCAAGCCGACUUUGGUUUUGGACCUGGAUGAAACUCUGGUGCAUUGCUGUCGAGGGUCGUCUCCUGUUGACCUCAUCCGACCGCCUGACUUGCAAGUGGAGUUCGAUGACGCUGUUGGCUCUGGGCGCGUUUAUUAUCGCCCCUUCGCACAAAUCUUUCUGGAGGUGAUCUCCAGAACGUUCGAAGUUGUGAUCUUCACAGCUUCGCAGCAAUCUUAUGCUGAUCAGGUGAUAGAUGCCUUGGACCCAAAACGUGCCUUUGUUGCUCAUCGGCUAUAUCGCCAACAUUGUACGGAGUUUCACGGUGCCUACUUUAAGGAGCUUGGUCUUCUUGGUAGAUCCUUGUCCAAGUGCGUGCUGAUCGACAACUCGCCCGUUUCCGUCGCCUGCAAUGCCGAGAACAGUGUCCUCAUUCGUAGUUGGUACGGCGACUUGGCAGACCAGGAACUGCUUGCCCUUCGAGAAGUGCUGGAGGACAUGCGACACUCAUCCACUCGAGGCAUUGGAUUUGACAGGUACUUGUCACGACCCCAGAACCUUCACGACUUCCUGCAGGUGCCCUUGGCAGUUCUCCUUCACGACUGCUUAGACUGGCCUGGUCAAGCUCAAGCCGGAGCUGGCCAAGGCCGCCAUAACAGCAGCAAGGAGAGCAAGGCCCAAAGAAAACUGGAGAGGGCCGAAGCCCGAAAGCAAGUGCUUCCUUUUCUGCUGCAGAACGGCUUCCACACCGUAAAGUCAAAGAGGACGUUCUUCUGGAGGUCAUGGUAUCCUCUGCACACUGCUGUGAAACACAACGACCUGGAAACGGUGAGGCUUUUGAUCACAGCAGGAGCAGACCCGCAGAAGCUGAACUCCAGGGGUGAGACGCCCGAGCAGCUGGCUGAGCGCUUGAACCGAUCGGGUUCUCAUGCUGACAUCAAUGAUGCCCUGCAUCACGCGAAGGGAAAGCGCAAGAAGUCAUCCAAACACCCACCUGAUGCAGAGUCCUCGAUGAAGGGCAAGGCCAGCAUGGCCAGCACAGCAUCGUCCCUGGAGAUUACACCCCGAGGCGGCCAACGGAUGCUGCAGGGAGGGAGACGGAGCCUACUGGGCCUACUGUUUAAGCAGACUUCAAUGCGGUUGUUUAUUUUCACAGAAGGUACCUGUGCAAUAGAUGUAGACGAGGAUGAAUGCGAGAGAGAGGGAGGCUGGCUUGCUAUGAACGGCGAAUCCGUACACCAGCAUGUGUGGAGGUAA